GUCUCCCUUAUGGCAGUGGAUGAGAUGCAUCAGAAUUUGCCCAUUCUGGAGAAGGAUCUAUACUGGAAUGAACCUGAUCCCCAGCCACCCUACACCGCAGCCACUGCUGAGUACAAGCGCCCAUCCUUCCUUGGCUCAACUUUUGAUAUCAGCAUGCAGAAAGAAGAGAUGGAGUUCCAGCCCCUGGAGCAAAUCAAAGAGAACGAGGAGGCAAACCACUCCACACCAUUACUAGGACACCUGGGCCGUCUCCUUGGCGUCCAGUCACCAAGCUUCUCCAGGUCCUCUUCCCGGAUGAACCUGCUGCGCAGGCGAGGAGACCCCACAUCCCCCUUCCCCCAUUAUGCAUACCAAGACACGGGCAAGUCUGGAAGCCCUUGCAGCAUCAAUCAGCCAAGAGGAGACUCCAGCUCACAGGAGCAGUGGGACAGCGAAGAUGGAAAACUAAGGGAGUUUGAUGCCUUCAUGUCAACCCCAUUUUAUGAAAGACCGGGUUUCUACAGUGCUCCACAGACACCGAUCAGCUCUGUCCCCAUGAUUUUCCCUUCUAGACGCCAAGGCCGUAAGAAGCCACCCGCACUCUCCAGCAUCGCCGCAUGCUCAACUUCUCUUAGGGACGUCAUUGUCAACUCCUCGCCUUCCAGGGUCAGUGAUACGUGUAAGAGCCAGACCUCCCUUGGCUCAGGUGCAAAAGAAACAUUUAUUUGGCCAACAGAUAGGAGCAAAGGUCCUGACUCACUGGUGGUAACAGCAGAAGAAAAGAGCAACUCUAACAGUAAAAGCAGAGAAGCUGCCCCCGCAGGCAGUUUAGAAGCUCAGACCACAUCAUCAGACAGCCCUAAAUUCCCCUUCUCGGCAGAGUCCCCAGACCUUGAGAAGCAGGGUAGCUUCAAGAGUCUGAAGAGCUUGAAGGGUUCCCACCCACUCUGGCUAACCCUGGAGAACACAGCAUCAGCCACCCCCAAUUCUGAGCAUUCAAGUGCCUUUCACACCCCCAGUAACAAAACCCCUGGAGGAAACACCUCCCUCUGCUUCUCAUUCACUCCCGUAACAUCUCCAGUGCUGGAGAGAUCCCACAUGGGGAACAUGGGCCCCGAGGCUCACAGCCCAGGUUUAGAAGAUACAGCCAGUGCUCCAGACCAGUAUUCAGGAGAGGUUUCCAGGACCACAAGAGAUACUGGAAAUGGAAGCACUAAUACUCCUGCUACAAAAGCAGCAAGACGAGCAGAGAAUCCAUCCCCCAAUGACUCUGGCAUCUCUCUAGCUGAAGGUGACUACGUGGGGCUGAUGGAGGUGAUCACGGAGACCAGCGAAAGCACAUGUGAAGAACAGAUAGAUCGGUACAGCUAG